UCCAUUGAUGUCUCCAAAGAAGACAAACCCAUCUUGGAUCCGCCAACAGAAUCGGUAGAGACCACAAAAGAAUUCAAUAAACGCAUACUAGAAGAGAAAUUCGCAGUCCUAAACGCCGGAAUUUUCGAGUGCCAGUCGUGUGGAUACUUGUACAAAGAAGCCGCCGGAGAUCCAUCAUACCCGAUAGCACCUGGUUUGUCGUUCGAUAAAUUGUCGGACGAUUGGAGGUAUCCGACGUGUGGUGCGGCGCAGACGUUAUUUCAGAGUAAGAGUGUUGGAGAUUGCGAGGUUCGCUCAGAAUCAACGGUUUGGUUUUGGGGUAACACGCUCACCUCUGGCCAGAAGGCGAUUCUUAUCUACAGUAGCCUUUUCUUCUUCUUUGUAUUGUUCUUGUCUGAGGUGAAUGCAAAAUAUUUUGAGUUUAGAAGAGGAGGAAAAACGAGAAAGAAUGGUGAAGAAGAUGGGGUUGUUGCAGGUACUUUCUAUGAAGAAGGAGGGGUGGUGUUUGGGUAUUAG